GUGAGAGUAGGGCAGGGGGUGCUAGGCCACAGGCAGCCUAUUGUGAGUGGUGGCGUGUUCUCCCUGAGAGCCUAGCAACGAGAGACCUGCGCCUGCUCCUUAUUCCAGCCAGCCCGCUCCGACCAUCCCUUGAGGCUUCUGGGCUGGGUCUCGUACAGAGAUAGUCCCCUAACUACACGCAGCAACUACGCCUUUUUUUGAGAAGAUGCCCAAAGUAAAGAGAAGCAGGAAAGCUCCUCCGGAUGGCUGGGAACUGAUUGAACCAACAUUGGAUGAGCUGGAUCAGAAAAUGAGAGAAGCGGAGACUGAGCCUCAUGAAGGGAAGAGGAAGGUGGAAUCCCUCUGGCCCAUCUUCAGAAUUCAUCACCAGAAAACGCGCUACAUCUUUGAUCUCUUCUAUAAGAGAAAAGCUAUUAGCAGAGAACUAUAUGAGUACUGUAUCAGAGAAGGAUACGCUGACAAAAACCUGAUUGCAAAGUGGAAGAAACAGGGUUAUGAGAACCUCUGCUGCCUGCGCUGUAUCCAGACUCGGGAUACCAACUUUGGAACUAACUGCAUUUGCAGGGUCCCAAAAAGCAAGUUGGAAGUGGGGAGAAUCAUUGAGUGCACUCACUGUGGAUGCAGAGGCUGCUCUGGGUGAAAUCUUUAAAAACUGGACACUUUUGGGGUGCUGAAAAGUGCCGAUUCCACAUCAUGGACUAUUCCUGCUAUCAUUGUCUUGUAUAAACCCUGCAGUGAGUGAAGCUUCCUUUAACAGUCUGAACAGCAAUAUGCACACCUGGAUCAUAAAAUGCAGUAGUGAAUGAUUUUGACUAGUCUUGUAUAACCAUUUUAUUUUAAAAUAAAAUCUUACCUCCUCUCA